AUAUCUGACUCGACGGAACGAUCGAGGACCCACUGUUCUGCAGUUUGACUACCCUCUUCGCCGGUGGGAUCUCCGAUUAGGUAAAGCCUCAUCUUUUCCAUUUCCGUUUUUUUAUACCAUACGUUUGGUUCGCGGGAAAGUAACGGAAAAUUAAAAGGGAAGCGAAAAAAGGGGGAAUUUUGGCGCGUAUCUUCGCUGUCAGGGUGUGUUGCAUCUUGCAUCAGUUCUUGUUACUUGGAAGUUGGAACAAAAGUUAAAUGAGUAUUCCGAGGGGAAAAGAGAAAAAUUUAAAGAUCAGUUCUAGGGUUUCUGCAGCUAAGACGGAACCUUCUUCUGUUGAGAACAAGAAUGAUUUGGUUGAAGAUCCUGACAAUGCGCGUGAUAUGAGGUUGGAGAGGCGGUUGAAGAGAAGAUGUGUUGCAAAUCAGAGUUUAAAGAUCAAUUCUUGUACUAGAGGCACAAAGAGAACACCGCAAGAUGCUCCAACGAAAGUCAUCCUGUUGGAUGAUGAUUACAGGAUAAAGAAAACCCCACAAGCCGUUGCAAUAAAAGAUAUACUGUUGGAUGACGACUACAAAGUGUACUUAGAUACAUUAGGUAACAAUCGUUGCAAUCCCUCAGUGGGAGACGAUGAUUUGGAUCCUCAAUAUAAGAUGUUCUGGGAAAAUGUGAGGGAAGAUGCUACUUCUUUCGUGCUUGAAGUUGCUGUAGACGAAGACAUACAUAUACUUUUGAAGUAUGAAGAAGAUGAUAGGUUGGGUGAUGAGGGCAAGCCUGGAAGUCCAGACAAUUUGAGAACUGUGACAAAAAGAGAAAAUAUGGAAAACCCAGAAAUUUCAAAAGAUGUUCCAGCCAGAAAAAGGAAGACUUUGAUUGACAACAAGUUGAGGCCAGAUUUGAGUAAGAAAGCUAGUUCAAGGGUUCUUUCUUCAUCUGAGCCCAAAUGCAAGCAUGAAACAGAACCUUGUGAUACUGGAAUAGAUGAAAGCUACAAGACAUUCCUGGAAUGCAUCAAAGAAGAUGGCAAGUAUUUGGUUUUUGUAAAUAAACAUGGCAAGCGGGUGAAAUAUGAAGAAGACGAGGAAAGUGAAUCCGAGUCAGAGAUAUUAGCAGCAGACAGUGAUCCAUGCAUUACACCAAAACUAUUUGAUUCUUCUCGUAUUAAAAAUCGUAAUAGAACAGGCCAUUCACAGUUUAGGGAUAACCUUAUGGUUAUUCUUAAAAAACCUUAUGACCAGUUGGAGUAUGAAGAACUUUUGCAAGAAAUAAUUCAGAGGAAACCAUUGGAACGCCAUAGAGACUUGCGUGGACGGAUAAAAUCAUACUCAGUGGAGAUUUGCAGCAAAUCAUAUCUUGAUCACCACACUGAUCUUAAAAGAAAGAUUGAUGCAGUUCAAGGUGAUCACUGUAAAAUUCUGAAUCUCUUGCGUGGAUUCUUUUAUUGGUUAAAAAAUUUGUCCCAUGAAGGAGCAUUUCAGCCUUGGUCAGAUGCAUCAUGUCUGAAGAUGAUGCUACAACUGUAAAUAUCUCAAGAUUACAAAGCAGGAAAAUCUUAUAGCUGCAGUUCUAUCAGUUCAAGCUUUAUGGUAAAGGCCUUGUGGCAAAUACAUGUUUUUGCAUUUACUGAGGAUGAAACUCUUGCUUGUGUUUUGUGCAUUCUGAAACUUUUGGAUACCUUUUGUGGCACAAGCCAUUUAGACAUCUUCUAACUAAAAUGUCUUAAACAGUAUAAUGUCACAACCUGACAUACUUGCCUUC